CCACAGCAGGUUUUAAUGUGAGGCUCUUGAACAGAAGCUACAGCUGGACGCGCUCAUUUCCUCCGAGCGGGGGUGCCACCACGCUGUCCCUGCCCUCCCCCACCCCUGCAGCAGCCCAGCAGUGGUACGCUCCGUCUUGGAUGGGUUCAGCUCAUUGACCGGCAGACAAUCCUCAUCAGUACCACCAGAGCCCCGGAGAUUCCAACAAACCGGCCCUUCAUUCCCCCCACAGCGCGAGCAGCACCCCCAGCCUCUCCGCCCGUCAUGAAACAGACUCUGAGCGAGCUGAUGAGGAUGAGCAGGAUAUGCCGGAUGGUAUUUGCCACCUGUUUGGGAUCCUUUAUUCUGGUCAUCUUUUAUUUCCAAAGUAUGUUCCAACCAGUCCUGCGGAGGAACCCCUUCGUGGUGGACGGCUGCUGUAGGAAAGGGUCCCGCAACGCCCUGCAGGAGCUCUACAACCCCACACAGCCGGAGUUGUCUGGAGCAGCUGUCCUCCACCAAGCCAGGAGGGAUCAGGUAGUGGAUGCCUGUCGAGUCUACAGUGCAUCCAGCCAUAAGCGCAGAGUCCUGACACCCGGAGACCUCAAACACCUUGUGGUGGACGAGGACCACGAGCUCAUCUACUGCUAUGUCCCCAAGGUGGCCUGUACCAACUGGAAACGCGUCAUGAUGGUGCUCACAGGCCGGGGGAAAUACAGUGACCCAAUGGAAAUCCCUUCCAAUGAAGCCCACAUUCCCUCCAACCUGAAGACUCUGAACCAGUACAGUAUUGCUGAGAUCAAUCACCGCCUCAAGAACUACCUCAAGUUCCUCUUUGUUCGCGAGCCCUUCGAGAGGCUGGUCUCCGCAUACCGCAACAAGUUCACCCUCAAGUACAACUCGUCCUUCCACAAGCGCUUCGGCACCCGCAUCAUCCGGCGCUACCGCAAGAACGCCACACAGGACGCCCUGCUCAAUGGUGCUGAUGUUAAAUUCAAAGAAUUCACUGAGUAUCUGGUGGAUCCGGCCACGCAGCGCGAUGGCCCACUCAACGAGCACUGGCAGACCGUGUACCAGCUUUGUCACCCAUGUCACAUCCACUACGACCUGGUGGGCAAGUAUGAGACACUGGAAGAUGAUGCAAACUACGUUUUGCGGCUGGUGGGUGUUGGAGACUCCUUGCACUUCCCGAGCUAUGCCAAGUCCACUCGCACUACAGAUGCAAUGACAGCCCAGUUCUUCAGCAAUAUCAGCACUCAGCAGCAGAUCCGACUCUACCAGCUUUACAAGUUGGACUUCCUCAUGUUUAACUACUCCACACCCAGCUACCUCCGGCUGGACUAAUGAGGAGGACAGAGCUGGGACUCUGAGAAUGGCUGCCUUGUUUAAGGAGAGGCAACAAAAUGAGUGAAGGGCAGAAUUUUUUGGAAGCAAACUUGAUUUAAAAAACUGUCGUACCUUGCAGGCGUGGGGUCUGAAUUAGACAUAUAAACAGGUGCUGAAAGAAAGAAAGGUAAUGCUUGCUUGUCUGGGCUUAAGGGGGAGGAUGUCCAAUCAACUCUGGGUGAUACAGAGAGCACUGAUUGGAUGAGAAUGUGGGCUAAAUGAAUGAAACGCAUACAAAGACUAAAUGUGCAGGUGAAGCAGGUCUUCAAAGUGUUUUAAAAGGGGAACUUAUCCUCAGAGGACGGACUUGAAGAGGGAUUCUCCUGAUGAUGUUCCCUACAUGUUUAAACAAACUGCUGAUAAAUUAGGCUGCUUCAGAUUCUACAAAGCAAACAGCGGCCUCGCACGUGCCCUGACCCCAAUGCAUCGUGGGAGCUAAGCUUAUCUCUCCCUCCCCUGGAUCAAUAGAGAAACUCCGUCAAAUUGUAAAACACAAUUCAUGUCCUUCUCUGCGCUGUCAGUGCGGUGUGUUAGCGCACCCUUGCCCUCAUUAGAUUCAUACAUUUCAGAGGGAAACUGGCUCAUCACCGCCUCAAGGACGCCCUGUAAUAGAUUGCUACUGACUUCACUGUCAAGACCUCUACAACUGUAACUGUGGAGACAUGGCCUUCAGCCAACAAUUUUAACGAAACGAGUUGUCACUGGUCUCUGUCAUUAUGAUGUUGGCAGAAGGGACCUCCUGUGUUACAACCUGAUGACACCAUGAAAACGGAGACUUCUGUUGCAGCAGUAUAGUGUGGAAGCGCUCAAUAAAUCAUUGCCUGUAACACCAAGCAUCCUUAACACUUUGAGCUACAGGAUGUGGUUAGAAAGGUACAGGAUGCUCUCACAUGAGUGGGCUGCGCAGAAAGUCUGAGCUGAAAGAAGAGAGAGAGCCUGUGAAACAUAACCCCGCUCUGCUGUGCCCCCUGUGCCCUGCCCCACGGGCUCAGUGGACAGACCCAAGGCCACACCCACAAAGUCCCUACUCCGACAACCAAACAUGUCUUUCAGUAAAUUAAGACUAUCCUUUUGUCUUUAUGCAUAUUUUUGUUUUAUUGUCUUAUGAAGCAUUGCUGCGAGCAGCAAUAACAAAAUAUUAUUUAAUUUGCUUUGUUGAUUAAAGAGAGAAAGAUUUUUUUAAAAAUUCCUGGGCUGAUGAACUUUUUAGGAAAUUGAAAGUUGAACUGUUGUUAAGCGUUUUGCUUUGUCAUGUUUCUUCACAACUUGCCUCUGAUACAUUAUUAGUGCAUCACAGCAUUUUAAUUUCUGAAGAGUGUACAGUACAUUUCAGCCCAUGGCCUUGUCCUUCUGUGUCUGAAAUCAUCAGAGAUUUAUGGGCAAUUUUCGAUAACCUGUUGUCAAACAUUUGGUGCCAAAAUGGCUCAGAGAGCCUCAGAGAUCCACACUCAGUGUUCAGUGCUCAUCAUUGCCGUUAAGAAAAUUCAUGGGAAGAUUCCAAUCUACUUCUCACAUCACAGAAUCAGAGACUGUACCUCAUACUGUAAUGUGAUUAAUGUUAGCAAUGCAAAGCAAAGUCAAGGUUAAUAACUGCACUCUCCAUCAUGCUGUGAAUUGGAUUACAGGCUGUUUUGUGAGCAUUAUACAGGAGGGAGAAAAGGAGUGAGAGAGAGAGUCAUUUUCUUACACCUCUUUGUCAAUUCUAAACCACUCCAGCUUCAAAGUGAAAGAGACAUUUUUGGAAAAGCUGCAUCUCUUUGUUGCACUUGACUGAACCAGAAAUCAUAUUUUCCCCUUGCAUUUGUGCAAACUGUACUGCUCUCAAUUAGCAGGUGUAGCUAAUGGAUGGAUGGAUGGAUGGAUGGAUGAUAAGGGCCUUAAUGUGGGUCCUGGUUUAUUACCUGAUCUUGAGGCCCUGUCAAGUCACUUCAAAUUUAUUUAUAAGGCCCAAUAUCACAGAUUUGUCUCAGAGGGCUUUACAAUCUGUAUAACAUGCAGUAUCUCUAGAUCCUCAAUUCGGAUUAGGAUAAACUCCACCAAAAAGGAGCCAAACAAACAAAAAACCAUUACCGUGUAAAAAGGUAAAAUCAUUUUUUCAUGUUCCAGGACAGACAGACAUGAACCAGAAUUACAAUAAAUUAAGUACAUUAGUAAAUAUUAGGGCUGCCCCUGACUGAAGAUUUUCCUAGUUGACUAGUAGUCAUUAGUUCAAGCCAUUAAUCGACUAGUCGUUUUACGUUAAAUUAAUUAUUUAAAUGCAUAUUUUUGGGGCAUCAGAAAACAGUAUAACAUCACACAAGUCUUGUUGUUCAAAUCAAGGGAAUAAAUAACUUCCAACUUCACAAAAACAGCGACUAUCCAACUAAUGAAACCUUGGUCGACUAAGACAUCGACUAACAGUUUAGUUGACUAUUAUGGGGCAGCCCUAGUAAAUAUUAAGUGUAAUAAGUUAAAGAGUCUUGAGGAGGGGCCCUGUAUCAAAAUCUAGUUUUAAGACCUUCAUAUUUUUAACUGAUACUAUGCUUACAUGGUACAUAUUCUUUAAACAAAUUGUGUUUUAUCAAAUGACCACACCGCAAACCUGGGGCCAUGUAAUAUUACAGCAUUGGGAUACUGUACACAAUGCACAUAGAGUGGGAAAGGUUACGGGGGUAGUAUUAGGGGCCCAGCAACUCAUUUGUGGCCCGGGCCGCUUAGCAGGUUAAUCCAGCCCUGCUGCUAGACACUAUGACUAUGAAAGGUUAUUACUAUUACAUUAAAACUAUUAACUGUCUGUUACAACAAACUGGGUGUUUACCAGGCAGAAAGGGCAUAACUAAAGAUGAUUUUAGGUUGCACUAUGGGAAAUUGAGGAUUCAGUGUUUACGGGGUUUGAUUUUAUACUUGAGACCAAAAGUCAGGAUAUCACUGGCUCUGCUACUUCGAUUUUGACCAUUCUUGUGAGUCCCCCAACCUUUUGGAAGUACAAUACUUAAUAAGUGGAGUACCACCUUUAAAGUAAUUUUGCAAACAUACAGGUUUGGAAUGCAUGAGAUGUUUUUAAUGGACAGUUUACCUUGAUUUUUUACUUCCAAAUUGAUAGUUAGGUAAACUGUACUUGUACUACCUGAUAGCUCUGCAAUUUCAGGUCCACUUCACUAUAAAGUUGUGUCUAGUGGUAACCCCAUGUCUUUAAAAUGAAACUGGUGGGUGAAAUGUCAGCAUAACUGAUUGGUGUGAUGACCAAAUCUUAUAUUAUAAAUAAACAUUUAUUUCCUUCAGGACACAUUCUGGUGAAUCUUUUAACUGCAAACCUCCUCUUGUAGCCUUUGAAGUAUUAUUACUGUACAUGUGUGCACAUGCCUGUGUGUGUGGGUUAUAAUGAGAGAACAGCCUUGUUUUUCUUCUUUCUUUUUUUUUACCCCCACACAGACAUCUGGCUCUAAUAAAGGAGAAAAGCUACUGGCCUGGCCUGUAGCCCCUGCCGUCGUUCUCCUGCAAAAACAAUGGCUGUAUUCUCAGCACAGCCUCCUUCUGGCUCAGGCACACAAAAUACACACACUCAGCUUACACAUUAGCACUCUUGCUGAUGUUGAUGCCACGCAACAUCUUACUCAGCAGAGGCACGCGCAGACAGCACCUCUCCACUUUAACACACUGACUGAGCCUCAGCUUAAACUGCUCAUUUAACCCCCAGAAUGGAAGACGAACGAUACACAAAGGACCUCUUAGCCUGCAAACAAGCCAUUACAGAGGCCUCUCUUCUCCUCACUCUAUUUUCUCCUCUCCCAUCUCACUCCAAAAGUGGCCUCCUGUAUAAAAAAACAAUAGAGUCAGUGUCGAUGAUCCCUACCGUCCCUACAGGAAAAGGGCAGCCUGCUUAAGCAAACAGAGCUGGUAAAAAAUCCCCACGUGGGAACCAAGCGAGCACCGAGAGGCCCCGGCUUACUUUCUGCCUCGGAUAUAAACAAACAACCGCAUUUUGUGCACUUUUGUCCCUAUUCUUAGCUCCUCAGUCUGCAUAAAUCCAGGCCUGUUCACUGCUCAGUUGUCUCAUACUGUAGGAGUGUUUAUAUUCAAGUCAAGCCAACAGGUAUAUUUAUGUUGUUUUUGAACGAUGUCUAUUAUUAGACUGAAUUACAUAUUUGCUUCUUUGCUGAAAGGAACACAGGAAGGCUUCUCAACAUAUCUGAGAAAGUUUUUAUCUCAAGGAGGAGUGGAUGAUGGGAUUUGUGCUUGUAUCUUUAUUUUGUUAUUUUUGCACAGAUUAACACAUUUUUAUAUAUAGUAAAGCAUAGUGUCAUAGGUAAAUAUCAUUACCAAUUAAAGGAGUUGUUAGGUAAUUUGGGAGAUACACUUAUUUGCUACCUGCCAAAUUUGAUGAGAAGAUCAAUACCACUCUCACUGUGGAGCCACAGCCAGUAGCCUAGCUUACCUUAGCUUAGCAUAAAGACUGGAAAGGGGGGAAACUGCUAGCUUGGCUCUGUCCACACGUAAAACAAGACUGAGAGUCUAUAGCCAUGCUAGCGGCUCUGUGACGUACCUACGGCCGGGCCACGCUGCCUACCUGAGCAGCUCGUGUGUGUGUCGCGGAGCUUUUCAUUUCGGCGCCCAUGUUAACAGGUUGGAGCAGCCACACAGCCCGUGUGAGCAGCAUAUUUCACACGCGUAUCACACGCAGGUGUAACAACGCUUCAUCUAGAGAGUCGGCGUCUUGCCUAUUUUUCCGUGUGACGUGCGUGGUUCUCAGCUAAAAACAGAAAAUUAUCUUUUCAUAGUCAUGUCGACAUCAUACCAGCAACACACCUUUCACUACAGUUUCAAUGUCUAUAUCUGUAGAGUAUGUCACAGACAUGAUUAAAAAAAAUUAAAAAAUUUACUCAACACUUCCUGUAUCCAUUUCAAAUUAAAAGCACUCUAGCAUUUCUGUGGACAGAAUCAUUUGUCAACAAGGCUUUUAUUGUGAAAUAUUUGCAGGACUGUGUUGUAGAAAAUUCAGUCACUUGCAUUAGUAGAGUCCCAACAUUUAACUGAGUACAUGCCGCCCACCACUGAGUCUGGUUCUGCUCAAGGUUUCUGCCUCUCAAAGGAAGUUUUUCCUUGCCACUGUCGCCAAGUGCUUGCUCAUGGUGGGAUUUGUUGGGUCUCUGUAAAUGAUAUUAUAAAGAGUACAGUCUAGACCUGCUCUAUAGGAAAAGUGCAAUGAGAUAACUUCUGUUAUGAAUUGGCGCUAUAUAAAUAAAAUUGAAUUGAAUUGAAUUUCAGGAAAUACUAGAGUCAUAGCAGAAACCCCACAUAGGCUAUAAUAAUAUUAUGUUAAGUUAAAAGAACAGUGACUGCUUUCUGCUUACAACGCUUCACUUUUCAAACCGCCUCUGUCUAAACUAAAUAUAAAUUACAUUCAUAAUGAAGUGAAAUAAAAAUGUAUAUUAUUGAUGGCUAUUAUCAAAGGAAAGCUCUAUGUAGAAAGACAGAGCUGGCAGUAGCAGCCCUAUUUUGCGAGGCAACAUGUGCGAGCCGCAGCAGUUCAGCGAGGUAGCCGUCGCACAGGUAGAGGUGGGCAGUCUGGCCCAAGCUUUAGGCACAGUAGAGCUUCAAGUUAAAUGCUAGCAUCAGCAUACUAAUAUUCUCACAAUGACAAUGCUAAGAUUGUGUAGCAGGUAAAAUGUUGACCAUGUUCACCAUCUUAGCUUGUUAGCAUGCUAACAUUUGUUAUCUAGCAUUAAACAGAAAGUACAGCUGAGACUGAUGGGAAUAUUUAUCAAACCAAAAUAAUGGGAAAAAUUAGAUGGUGAGCUGAUGAUGGCGCUAAAAAGUUAAGGGAUCACCAGCAUUUUUAAAGAAAUUUUAUCUGUACAACAUUUCAUGGCAAUCGAUCAGAUAUUUCAGUCUGGAUCAAAGUGGUGGGUCAACCGACUGAUUAUUGUCAUCCACAGACAAAUAAGUGUAUUCCCCAAAAUGUCAAACCACUCCUUCAAAGGGCAGAAGUUAUCUUGAAGAAUAAAUGAAAAAAGGUUUCUAUAGUUUUUUUGUUGUUGUUGUUGUUCCUUUUUGGCACCAAAAACACAAUAUUUGAAAUAAAAACGCAAUAUUUGAAAAUAUAUUUCAGUAACAUUAUUAUCAUAUCAUCAGCACAGAGGAACAAAGCCAGGAACUUUUUUUAUCAUCUUCUUCUCUGCAUUUCUGACAUAUCUACAGUCCCAAUGCAGGAUGUUUUUGUACAGUGUAGACAUGAUGUCAUUAAUUCUGCUGUUGUUUUUGAGCUGUCAUCUUUGGAUGUUGGAUUGAUUCAUUGCUCUGGUUGCCUCACACACUUACACACACACACACACACACACACACACACACACACACACACACUACAUUUGUGUGGCACACUGUGCCUUUCAUUCACAGCAACACAGAGCCGCUGAAAGGAUUCAGAGCGCCUUCUGUUUGUGGUCACCUGGGCCUUCCUCCAUACUCACAGACACACACAUAUACACACACAAACACAGUGACUCAACCCACAACUCCAGUGUCUGCCAAAAGGUUCUCACUAUGCUAUUUCACACUCUCUGCUGUUAUAAGUUAUCAAUAUAAUUAUAAAACGAUUGGGACCAUGGGUGAAAAGAUUGUCUGCCUACAUGGGUUCAGAUUUUGGAUUUGCUCGAUUACUUUAGGGCGCAAAAGAGGAAGUGAUGUUUUUUCCAGCUGCACUGGACUUCACGAAAAUUAAUAUUUCUGAUAUCCAGAGCUGUUUUUGGCUAUUAACCUUCCUCUUGCCCUUCUAAACAACCAUUCAACAACAGAGAGGGGAGGAAGAGACAAGUAUCAACGCCCACAUUGCCACAGGAAGCAUCCAAAUUCAGUUUUAAUUUUAGAAACACAAAAUGCAACACAUACAGUAACACAAGCAUGUGUUUUUUAUUCCAUUCACACUCCUAAAAUUCACUUCUCACACGACAAACCCCCCACUACAUGAUUUACACAUACACACACACUGUUACAUGCACUCACUGCGAUAUCACACAUUUAAGCACCUGCAGAGGCCCAUGUGACUGCACCAAGACAAUCAGAGAGCAGAGAAAAGCUCCUGAGGCUCUCAGGUCGCGUUCACACCAAUAAAUGGAGAAAUGGGUUCUCACACACGAAUAAAAACAUGUAUAAAAACAGAUAAAAACAGACUCAAUUGUAAUUGUCAUGUGAUCCAUUUUUGAGAAUCUUGACUUGCUGGCACUGACACACACCUUCUUUACACUUGCUCUGUGAGCAACACAUAUUUUUUGGUAGAAAUCACUUAAAGAAGCUUGCUUAAAAGAUUCAGUUUACUUAUUUCCCAAAUUUGGCCAUCAUUCCUAUUAGUCAUGAUAACACUGUACCCACCAAAGCACCUAGCUACACUCAUGGAAAAUGAUGACAGAAAAAAUGUUGACAAGCGUACAUGACAGUGAGCCAGCUGUACAGGUUGUUGUAAGUUGACUAACAGAAUUAACAGCUAUUAAAUUGUCAUAUUUCUUCGAUAUUCGUGAAAAAUAUUAACUGUUCCUAGCAUCUACCACAGCUUCCCAACAAGAACUCGGCUAGUAUGAACGCAAUGUCCGGCUCAGUGAAUUAAUAAUCAAAUAUUAUCAGACUAGAUCUGUAAACGUCUGGGUUUUACCUUUGACCUGCUGUAUUACAUGUCCGCCUUUUCCCUGUGAAUUGAGGGUUUGGAUCAUCUUGAUAAUCUGUUGGUUUGUUUAGAGCUGUCUGCUAUAGUCUGAUAGUCUGGCUGCUCAUGUUUGUUGCCCCAUCAGAUUUAGUUGUAGCCAUGUCGUCGUGUUCCCAGCAAUUACUUUGGUGAGUACAAAGUUAUCAUAACCAAUCAAAAUGAUGGAUCAUAUUUUAUCCAAGUUGAAAUAAAGUGAAGUGAUCCUCUUGCUUUACGUGGCUCUCUGCUGUCUUUGAAAAAAAUCUUUGAUUGUUAACAGAGCAAGUUCUUUGAUAAAUUAGUGUGGGUGCAAGGCUGUCAAAUCUGUCCACAUUCGUGUGGCCGUGGCCUUAGUGGGCCUGCCGGGUUUCAUGUGUCUCUGUGUUGCCCUGACAUCCUCCUUCAGUGAGCAGAGGUCACACACCCUCUGAUCUCCAGUGUUUCUAGCAGCUUCAUGUUCUUCCAGACGGUGUGGAUGUUGCGCUGUAACCUGUACAGUAACGUGUGUGUGACCUUUUGAGGAAUGAGUCCUAAAUCAGCUGUGUCGGUUACUGAAUUCAUACCAUGUCGUCAGCAUUUUUCACUGUCGUGUACAUCACUUGUAGUGCCACAUGUGCUGUAUCUACAAGUGGAGCGACUGGAUAAUGUGUGUGUGUGUGUGUGUGUGUGUCACUCUGUGCUGCACAGACUCUGAGGAUAUCUCAGUGGAAGGCGGGACACUCAUUCAAACAGGCGGCCCUUAUUUAUUUAUUUCCUGUACUCCUUUCUUGCUAUCACCAUGGCAACACACCUAAACUCUCCGUAUCUCUCAUUUACUCUUUUACAUUUUCAUGCGCACUCACCAAAUUCAUGAAUAACUGACUGUGUUCUGUACACUGAGUGUGGGAGAGUGGUGUCGAUUUUACUGCAGCAUGACCUGCGGUUCAUCCUGUCUGAUGUUUUCACAAUAAAAUAACACUGGAACUCCCAGUGCCUCCCGCUGCUUAUUUUAUGUGUGGAUGUCAAAUAUGUAACAGAACAUACCAGCUGUACGUGACCUCUGACACAGCACUUAAACACACCAUACAGAAUUCCCUUCAGUUUUAUUGAUAGAGUUUUGCCCCUAUAAACUGAUGUAAUUGACAGGGUUUCUUGAUCUAUUAAAUUGAAGCAUCUGCAGA